GCCGGGUACUUGCAGCAUGAGAUGACCCAAAGCCGGGGCAACCCCAAGACCCGCCGCCCCAGAUCGUCGCUCCGUUUUUUAUCACCCUCAUUUCUCCCAGUCCUCCGCUUGCCUGCACUCCCCCGUCCUCUCUUUCACACGAAGAAACCGUCGCUCAUUACAGAGUCUCGCGCUCGAUCACAUUCGUUCUACACAACCCGCGGCCCUAUCGCCAUAACCUACAGCCCCAUUUCAUCGUCACAUCGACCGACUCGCGCCCCUAAUCCGAUUUGACGACUUCAAUCCACCUCCACAAUGCUUAUCAAGUCCCUCGCCGCGAUCGCGGCGCUCACCUUCGCCGCCAAUGUCGCCGCCAUGAAGCCUUACAAGCCGAGCAUGAUGAAGACGUCGGAACGCGAGCUGUUUGGCGUCGUCCGUCGUCAGGACACCCCGGGAUACCAGCCGGGCCAGGCCAUGUGCGGCGCUGGGGCCACUUGCGAGGAAGCUUGCGGCGCUGGCUACACAACCUGCGCUUCUACCGAUAACCAAGUCCACUGCUUCAAUCCCACCGUCGGCGAGGUGUGCUGCCCUGACAAGUCUGGCAAUUCCUGCGAGAAGGGUUACUACUGCACCGCCGAUAGCAAGGGCGAGACUUGGUGCUGCCCCGACGGCAUGGACGUGGCUGCUUGCGCUGCCGCGUACAGCAUCACCGACGGCUUGGUCUCGCAGACUGCCCCCGCGACUUCCACCUCCACGUCGACAUCGACCUCGAGCAGCACCACCUCCGCGCCUAGCACGACAACCACCAGCUCUUCGUCCAGCACUGAGAAGAGCACCACGACCUCUGUCGGCUCCUUCUUGCCUACCUCGUUCUUGCCUACCUCGAGCUUCGUGCCGACCAACACAACCAGCAUUUCGUCUGUCCGGACUCCUACGCCGAGCACCUCGUCGAUCGCCGAGGGCGCCGGCAACGUCGUUGGUGCCGCCAACGGCUUUGCACUCUUGGCGGCCGGUCUUGCUGCCCUUCUCUAAGCUCAUAAUGGCACCAUCCUCGGCAACGGUACUGGGCUUGAGGACACUGCUUUACGAGACAUGAGAUACGACAAGCCGUCUGAGAUGUGCAGAGUUGGGAUGCUGUGUGUCUCCGGGCCGAGUUUGUGAUGCAAGAGGAUUGGGGUUUUUAGGUGUGGCCUUGGAUGGAUGACUGUGAAGGUGUAAUUUGCUUUUCCGCGGCCAUUUGAUGCGCUGUGUAACCUUCUACUUGAUAUUCUGCCGAGCUGUGUUCUCGGGCUUUUGUGUUUUUUAUGCUUUGUGUGCUGUACCUUCUUGUUCCUAGUUGCCGGAGACAAUAACAUCCCAGUUCUGC